AUGACAUUGGUUAUCAGAGAGAGGAGACACAAACAAGCUCUGAGCCUUUCAUUACCAAAAUCUCUUUCAAUUCCAUCAUCAAAUUCAGAUUCUCCUCACCAAAUUCACGUACCAGUACUCACAUCCCCAUCUUCUUCUUCUUCUUCUUCCCAUGUACACUCUUCUCCAAGCAUUAUCAAGGACCUUUCGGAUCUUGAGAAGCGAGAAGUUCUUGGCCAUGGCAAUGGUGGCACAGUCUACAAAGUUUAUCACACCAAAACUCGCUCUUUCUAUGCCUUGAAAGUGCUACGUUUGAAUGGCAUUCGCCAACCCGUGGAGGCUGAGAUUCUAAAACGAGUGGAUUCACCGUAUAUAGUAAAGUGUCAUGCAGUUUUUGAUAGUGGUAACAGUAAUAAUGAUGGAGACAAAAGAGGUGACAUUAGCUUUGUUAUGGAAUACAUGGAAGGAGGGUCGUUGAAUGAUGUGUUGAGACAACAUCGUAUACUGUCGGAGAAGGUUAUAUCAGUGUUGGCAAGGCGUGUUUUGGAAGGACUUGGUUAUUUACAUGGCAUGAACAUUGUGCAUAGAGAUAUUAAACCAUCAAAUUUACUUAUUAAUGGUAAAGGGGAGGUAAAGAUUGCAGAUUUUGGAGUGAGUCAUGUGGUGGAGGGUAGGUUUGAAGGAAAUGAGAAUGAUGCAGGAACUUGUGCUUACAUGAGUCCAGAAAGGAUUGAUCCAGAAAGAUGGGGUGGUGAAAAUGCAGAUGAGUUUGCAGGAGAUGUGUGGUCAAUGGGAGUAGUAAUGUUGGAAUGUCUUUUGGGUUAUUUUCCAUUGAUUGGUGCAGGGCAAAGACCAGAUUGGGCAACUUUGAUGUGUGCAAUUUGCUUUGGUGAGAAGUUGGAGAUGCCAGAAAAAGCAUCACCAGAGUUUCAAAAUUUUGUGAGGAGGUGUCUUGAGAAGAAUUGGAGGAAGAGAGCAACAGUGUUAGAACUUCUGCAUCACCCUUUUGUGAGUUAAA